AUGGAAAAUGUCUUCCAUGACUACUAUUUCAAGAUUCAGCUGGAAGUCACCAUCAGUGAUCUUGCUGCCCUCAAACAGAGUGAAGAUGAGCCUGCCCAAGACUUCAUAACCAGGUUUAGAAAGCUCAAAAUGGAAUGCCGAAUCCCUAUGGAAGAAAGGCACUUCAUCCAAAUGGCUCAAACUGCCCUUAAAAAACUGGCAAACAAAGCAUCUAAGUACAAGGAACUGCUCAAGGAAGAACAAUAG